AAGAUUAAGUAAACACAAAUCACACACCAACAUUUUGCAGCGGAAAUCUUAUUACCAAUUUUUAUAAGUUACAUUAAGUUUUACAAUGUACAUGAUCAGAGUGAUUACAAAAGUGAUUCAAAGAAAUAACUUUGAACUGUUAUAAAUUAUUUAUAGUUUUGAAAUAUAUGCUAGCUCAAGUGACUAUCCUCAAUAAGAAAUAUAGAAGAGUUACUUAGACUUAUAAGAAGGCCGAGCCCACCGGCACUUAACACCAUCAACAGCAGCACAAAACUAUAACCUGAAAAACAACAGGGAAUAAAACCAUGAGUACGGAAUUACUCAGCAAGACUUACCCGACUAAAGAAAAGACUCUUAAGGAUAUGCUGGCUGAUUAGGAAUCAAGGUAAGGCUUACCAAAUUUCAAAGACUCAUUUUGCAGAAGAGCUUACUAGUAGUGAAUCCUUAUGCCAAAAUUUUACUUCACAAGUUAAGUACCUUUCCUGAAUCUAAAUUUGCCUAAUCUAGAGCAUCCACUUGUCCUGGUCUAGCUUUCUUUUAGCCAAUUCAUAUUUCACUUGUCAACUACGAUGAGUGGUCGGAGGGUAGAGUCUCCAUGACCGAGGAGCAACGACGAUUCGAACCGAUUAUACCCAGCUGGGGAUCCCUAACCACACGACAUAUGUAGCACUUAACCCUUGCAUAUGUCAACCGUUCCCAUAGAUCCUCCACAACGUGAACCGGUCCGCGCUACCCGGGAGCAUAGUACUCCUCCAUCCAGCCUCUAGCCAGGAGGGUACACGCUACUCCCACCAUCUCCCACGCCCAGUGCGCGGUUGUCUUUUCACGUAUGGAAUAGCCGGGUUCAGGCUUACCGGAGCAUGUGGAUAGUUGCAAAGUCUCCACCACAACAGGCCUACAUCGAACGGUCCUUAAUCGACACAGACGGGCGACCUUGUCCGCUCAGCGUCUGGUCUAGAUGUAUUCAAACCAUUUUCCCAUUUUUGGUACCCGACAGGGGUACUCUUUUCCGAAUGAUGAACCCACUCCCGCCGAAGUGGAAUCAUCACCAUAAGUUUGCUUUGAUUUUUGAAAUGAAAGGCCCAUAACCAAUGUUCCACAAUCAUUCUUUUUGAAAACAAAUGAUUUUUCAGUUUCUAAGCAGGGCUAAGCAUUAUCAGUUCUUUUUAUAAAAUCGGGAUUAAGGAGUUUCCAAGGAAUGGUAAUGCAUCAAUUGUUUAUCACACAACUCCUAUCACCUAAUGCAUCAGAUAAGGUGAAAAAGCAUUUAAAACACAAGGAAGGGGCAAAUGCAUCAGGGCUUGCCUGGGUAACACUAGGUUAGUGUUGUUAGAUAAUGUCCAUCUGGCGAUCAGUCUUGUCCUAGCACUUGAUCAUGCAGGUUCGUCCAUCAGCAUCACCAUGCGGAGUAGCCCACGUUUGGGAUCGACUUGGCUCGUCUUCCGCAUCACGUGAUUAAUUAUCGUACAUAAUUGAAAUGCAUUAUGCACAUGAAUGCAUAUAAGAAACAAUAACACCAGAUAUUAUGAUGCUACGCAAAAGAGAAAUAACCUACUUAAUGACGAGACAUUGCGGACACUAAUUAUCGAUAUAUUGUUACUUACGACAAUGAUCCUCUUUCAACCUAGCUAAAUAGUCGAGCUAAAUAGUCGAGGUAGUUUCAAUUAUGAAAGUGACUAACACACAUAGAAUAUUAUACCUAGUUUAGAGAGCACACUAAACGACUUAUAAUCUUAACUACACAAUUCUUGGACACCUAAUACUUAUAAAUUUUGAUAGAAGAACUUUUAUUAACUUUCUAAACCAAUUCACCGGUUAACCUGUGUAUCAUAUAUACUAGUAAAACUUUCUAUUUUUAACAUCUACAGUCCCGCAAACACUGAGACCAAAUGAGACCUCUUUCAUCCUACGACAUUGACCAAAUUACUAAAACGACUCAGGCAAUCUAAUAAAUUUUAUACCUAGUCAGACCAUCCAUCAAUCCACUAACACAAAUAACAAAUUUACUUAUCCUGACUAAUUCGACGCGAUAGUCGCAAGCACGCCGACGGUUUCCGGUUGACGUCUUUGAUCGCACAUGUCUGGCGAGUGAUGCACACAUAACGCGACGACGAGAUUGAGUAUGGAACGAGCUGACAAGGUGUGAUCGAGUAGGUUAGCGCGAGCUUUGGCCACCAGCAAGCGCAAUAUCGAGACGAGGAUCGAGGCGGGGUUGACUAGCGCGACAAGCCCGUGCAGGGGGCAAGGGCCAACGGUCGGGAGAUGGCAGAGCGGUUCGGACAAGGCCGCACAAACACUGAACGAGAAAAACGACGGCUCACCGACACACGAAGCUAUCACCUCCCAGUUGGGCAUUCCGUCGAGCAUCGGAUAAGCGACGCACGGAACAGUACUGUCUUCUCUAUUCCCAGCUCGAUAUCGAGGAUCCACCGACUGCAAGUACCUACACUACUCCUGCGCAUCCGAGACAACGGCCAGGCGAGGUUGAGUCCCCAACGGCGACCCAGGGCGCGGUCUAGCGAGCAGAGAGCUAGGAGCAGCGCCGCGGCUGGCGAGUCUCGACGGGGUCAACGGCGCGAUAGCGCCCACGGUCGGAGAAAGCACCGGAGAAGCUGAGCAGCGGCGAGCUGAGGGGCGCGACAGGGAAGCUUCGACGGCGGACAUGGAAGUAGGGCGCGGCCAGGCGAGCACAAAGCUGCGCGAGGAAACAGAGCGUGCGCAGGGCGACGGGCACCGCGGCACGUCAGGGAGCCGGACGCGGCACACAAGGAGAUCCACGGCUGGAAAAACGCCGGCCAGCAGAGAAGUAGAGGUGAGGGCGCACCAUGGACAGAGAAGGCAGUGCGCACCCACGGAACAAGCAGAUGCGAGCGUGUAGCGUCCGAUGGGUGAGCGACUGGAGCAGGGCGCGGCUGAGGAAUGGGCAAAGGCCAAGCUGGGGCACCGCAGCGCCAGAGAGGACGCGCAGGGAGAUGAACGCCGCGAGGGAACUCCGCGAGCUGGGGCAGGCCGUGCGCAAGGAAGAAGGCCAGAGGCCGGGCGAACUGCUCGGCAAAGAGGAGCUUGGGCGCGAGAUGCGCGCCAUGGAACUUGGGGCAGUCGGCCGUGCUAGCAGAGGGAGGAGCUGGAGGGUGUUCGACGGAAAAAGCGGUGGCCGUCGCUGGGCAUCAGAGAGACGCGCACAGGGACGAGCUGGAGUCAGGGAGCUCGACGCGGCCCGGGCACGACUCGCCGGACGAGCAGGGAGGUGGGCGCGCGCGGGAGCUGGAGCAACGCGCGCCAAGGACCGAGCUCCGCUGGACGCGGCGAGCAGGGCCGAGCCAGGGACGGCGGAACGGCGACUACUAGCAAGCUCAAAAGCCAUGGCCGACGAACUCCGGUGGGUGAAGCGACGAGCCUUCACGGCGAAGUGGAGGUCGAGCCCAUGUCAAGGAAAUAGAGAUCAGGGGCAAGCUCCAUAUGGAAGAGAUCAGGGGCGAGCUCCAAGAUAUUGAGAGGAACAACGGGCCUGGAGAUUCGACCUGGCUGGGAAGGGAGACGCCACGGUGAGGAGGCGAGGUCACGUGCUGGUAGAAGAAGCAAGGCGUCGAGCGAACUGAGUGAGAUGAGCGCGCAGCAAAAUAUCCCACGGAGUCGACGUCGCUGAAGGAAAAGGAACGUAGGAGAGCUGGAUUCCAAGAUUAGAACGAUGGCAAGGGAUAAGGAACGAGACGUAUGGGAGCUUCCAGGGAAAAGAGUACGUGGAGAACUCCUAGGGAGCUGUUGGCUUUGGAUAGGAGACACCUAAGAAAGUAUUCCAGGGAACAAAUAACUACUAGAUGAGAACAACACAUGGAAGAUAAGGAUGGGAGGACUGAACGGAGGAAGCAAAAAUAUGAUUUUUCUUAUUUUCUAUUUUUUUAACAGAGAAUCGUUGAUAUUUUGGAUCACGAUUUUUAGCGAUGUAAACUGGAUCGACAUGUUAUACAGAUACAUAUUUUAUUCUA